AAGUAUGCGACUAUCAAACAAUCCGCCACAUAUAAUUCAUUUCUGAAAUUAUAGUUCCGUUUUCGACUCACGAGGCCGCCAGGAACUUUGAUUUCUCCUUCCGUAGUUCUCCACAGAACUUAAAACUUCCAAUAAACUUCCAACAUCAAUACCUGUCUCUUUCAGUGCAUAAUUUCAAGAAUAGCUCUGGUCCGAGAGACCCACAAAUCCCACGCUUUGGGGAAGGAGUACAAAUCCGUCGCCCGAUUUCCAAUGGCAGGCAGAGAACCAGAGAUAAUAACAGAAAAGAAUCAGAUGAGGAAAUGGUCAAGGGCCAUGAGAGCCAAAGGCGAGACCAUAGGCUUGGUACCCACCAUGGGUUACCUUCAUGAGGGCCACAUAUCACUAAUCAAAGAAGCGCACAAGCGCACCAGCCUGAUAGUCGUCUCGAUCUAUGUGAACCCAGGUCAGUUCUCUCCCACCGAGGACCUUUCCACCUACCCAUCUGACUUACAUGGUGAUAUCCGGAAACUCAUGGCUGUUCCUGGUGGCGUUGAUGUGGUCUUCCAUCCCCACAAUCUAUAUGAUUAUGGAGAAAGUAAAACCACUGGAUUAAAGAAUGGAGGUAGUAGCAGUAAUUGUGAGAACUCUAGUGGUGGUGUUGAUGGUGAGGUAGAGAAAAAAGGGGUGAUAUCCUGUGUGGAGGAGAGAGGGUUGGGGCACGAAACAUGGGUACGAGUUGAGAGGUUGGAAAAGGGUAUGUGUGGAAAGAGUAGGCCAGUGUUCUUUAGAGGGGUUACGACUGUUGUCACGAAGUUGUUUAAUAUAGUGGAGCCUGAUGUCGUUGUAUUCGGGAAGAAGGAUUAUCAGCAAUGGCGAAUUAUUCAGCGGAUGGUUCGAGAUCUUGAUUUUUCCAUAGAAGUGAUUGGUUCUGAGGUCAUGCGUGAUAAUGAUGGCCUCGCAAUGAGUUCACGCAAUGUGCAUCUAUCACCUGAAGAGAGGGAAAAGGCAUUAUCUAUAAACAGGUCAUUGUUGAGAGCUAAGCUUUCUGCAGAAAAGGGUCAAGUAAAUUGUAGAGAAUUAAGAAACUUGGUGACCCAAGCAGUAGAUAAAGCUGGUGGAAGAAUUGAUUAUGUCGAGAUUGUAGACCAGGAGUCUUUGGAGGUGGUGGAAGAGAUCAAGAGCCCCGUUGUAUUCAGCAUUGCUGCCUGGUUUGGGAAGGUCAGGCUGAUAGACAACAUGGAAAUAAAUAUAUGAAAGCAAUUGGUUUAAUCUUUUAAUCGGCAUUGCGCAAAACUGCAUAUGUUGACAACUUGUCACAACUUAUCAUGUUAUGAUUAUGACAUGUUAGAUGUAAGGUGCAAGACAGAUUGCUGAUAUCUUCAACUUGUUUGAGAAAAAGAAAAACAAGAAAAAAUUGUUCGAGGAUGGAAAGAGGGAGUUACCAAUAGUCUUAUAGCCUGAUUGUAUUCCUCUUUGUAAAGGAGAAGAUGAGAUUCUACUCAUCGUAAAUGUGAGAUUAUUGGUGAUUUGAUACCCA